AGAACAUGUAGUAGUUUUGUAGAAUUUUAAGCAUAAUUUAUUUUAUUAACAAUAGGUCCUAGGGCCAAAAAGAAAGAGUCCUGACAAAGAUUUCCGAGGCUUAUUGUUGACAUUGGGUUCAAUACAUGUUUAACAAAUGGAUAUAUAUUCCUGACCAGUGAGACAUUUGGACAAAAUGGAAGUUAAAGAAAAUAUGUGCUAAUUCGUCAACAAUGUGCGAAUCAUCGCCUGGAUUACGUCAGAAUGGAUGUAUAGUUUCUUCUACGUUGAAAUGACAUUUAGUCAUAUUAUAUUAUAUGAUAUUACAUAGAAACGGAUUUACGUGUCAUUAUUAAAGUUUUACUGCCGCUAUGCUACCAAUUAAGUCAUAUUUUACUCGUUGGCAUUCUACUGACUUUUGUGAUAUACCGUGCAUGGUUUCUAGAAGUCUUACUGGCAACAACUCAAUAUCAUAUAUGUUUUUGAAUGAAAGAGGAUGACGUUUUUUCUGUGAAUCCGAUAUUGAAGGAGAGUCUUAUUGUGGGGACAUCUCAAAACAACCUAGGAUUCUAUUCAUUCCUCUACAACUAGUACUGGAGUAUGAGAAAAAGAAAAAAAAAUCAGCACAUAUUGGAGAAAAUCUUUCAAUAUUAGAUAGAUCGUCUGCGUCAGACGCAGUAUCGACCGUCUAAUGAGCUUCACACAGCAGCCAUUGACAUCAAGUAACUCUAACCAACCAUGCAGAAUAUUAAAGAACAGCCAAUCAGAAACGCCGUUACAUCUAUACCAAUUACCUGGAAUGUGUAUUGAAAUGUGGUGACGUACGAAUUGAUGCUGUGUGACGUCACUGGUUGUUCCCCAAGACCUUGUUACGAUGAUGUUGAAAUAUAUACACACGAUGGCCCAGUUUUCAUUGAUGUUUGAGUUAGAUUGCGAACUAUUCGGAUGCAUGGAGUACUUCGUAUAUGAGGGACUAGUAUUGCUUUAUAAAACAAUCUGGAUUAUUACCAAGGAUAUACUGGAGUGUCACAAAUUGAUAAUACAUUGGAUAAUUCUCAGCAAAAUAUUCAAGAUUCAUCACAGCGUGUCCCAGCUUCUCCAAGACGCCAUUCACUAAGUGUGACUUCUUCUUCGCAGCAAUCACCAUCAACAACCACCAUUACAUCAUCAACGGAACAAAUGUUACUUCUACAGCCUCAGGCUGCCUUCACUUCUCAAGCCAGUUUUCUGGGAGAUUUGCCGGCACCGUUUGCUUCGUGCGGCACACAGUCUGGUAGUGCGGACAUCGGAAUAUUUCCAUCAUCUUCAGGAUUUCAAGGAACAAUGCCUUCGGAUACAUCAUACACGUCAGAAGAUAUUCCUUCCGACAUUUUUCAGGGCGGCUUUGACUCAUCUGCUUUUCAAAACAUACAACAAGGCUAUCCAGAAACCUACAGUUACGAAGGAGCAUUCAUGGUGGACAAAGAGUCAGCUAAACAGCUGGGAGCUAUGUAUUCAACGGAAAAUCAAAGUUUCCCAGGAUCACAACCAAAGUAUUCCGACUCCAUGAUGUCUUAUGAAGGCAGUUUUCAAGCAUUUCCGGCACAGGAUUGUGACUUAUUACCACAAAGAUACAUCAGUGACACUAAACAAAAAUUCACUUAUCCAUCACCUCAUGAACUCUUCCAAUCACCUCAUAUUGGAUAUUCCGAAAUCGAUCAAAAACAUCCGCCAUUCAGUUCUCAUCAAAGUUUUAGUGAUGCUUCAAACAUUUUUUGCAGAGACAGAAGCAGUUUUCCUAGUUACGGUCCGGGUUUUUAUGACAACCGAAGUUUACCUCACACGGAGACUGACAGGACUCAUUAUCGUCCUGGAGAUUUAAAUGUUGUUCGUCAAGGUUUCUCCCGUAGACCGCCUCUGACGAUUCCCAUGCCUCCUGGUACUCCAGAAGGAAUGGAUGUACAGAAAUUUCAUAUCAAAUCCCCAGCAACCCCUUCCACGCCGAGUUCCACAAGGUCUUCCCCUGGGAGGGAACAACCACAGAAAGAGAGUCUAUUGUGUGCAGUUUGUGGCGACAACGCUGCUUGUCAGCAUUAUGGAGUAAGAACAUGUGAAGGAUGCAAGGGAUUUUUCAAGAGGACAGUACAGAAAAACGCCAAGUACGUGUGUCUGGCCGAUAAAAAUUGUCCAGUGGAUAAGAGAAGGCGAAACAGGUGCCAGUUUUGCCGAUUCCAAAAAUGUCUGGUUGUUGGCAUGGUGAAAGAAGUUGUAAGAACAGACAGUUUAAAGGGCAGACGUGGUCGGCUUCCAUCAAAGCCAAAAAGUCCACAAGAAUCACCACCUUCACCCCCAGUCAGCCUCAUUACUGCUUUGGUCCGAGCACAUGUAGACUCUUCCCCAGACAUUCCAAAUCUGGACUACAGUAAGUUUGAAGUGCCUUCAGGUUCAACAAGCCCAACCUCACAUGAAGAAAAAAUCAGGCUUUUCUAUGAUAUUAUCCUUACCUCCAUGGAUAUACUUAAAGCAUGGGCAGAAAAAAUUCCUGGCUUCUGUGACCUGUGCAAAGAAGAUCAAGAUCUCCUUUUCAAAUCAGCAUCAUUAGAACUCUUUGUUUUGCGGAUAGCUUACAGAGUGCAUCCUAAUGAUGAUCAGAUAAUUUUUGACAAUGGCCAGGUAUUCCACAGAGACGAGAUCAGAAGUAUAUUUGGAGAAUGGAUUGAUUCCAUAGUAGACUUUGGACUGUCUCUCCACAGAAACAAUCUAGACAUCUCAUCACUUGCUUGUAUGGCAGCUCUUACUCUAGUCACAACACGGCAUGGAGUCAAAGAUCAAAAGAAAAUGGAAGAUUUACAAAUGAAAAUUAUAGACUGUUUGCGUGAUCAUUGUACCUACAACAGUGAAGCACAGAAAAAGCCACAUUUAUUUUCCUAUAUUCUUAGUACAGAAGCAGAACUUAGAACAUUAAGCCGAGAAGGGCUCCAACGAAUGUUGUUUUUUAAACUCGAAGACAUUUUUCAGGCCCCACCUAUCAUUGAAGAUACUUACUUAUCAAGUGCACUACCAUUUUAAAUUAGCAUUCGUGACGUCAUUCAUUAUGGAUGAGAAUGACGUGGAUGUUAGUAUUGACAUGUGAACGGAUAUUUUUUCAUCAAACAACAUUAUAUGCCUGUGAAAAAUUGAUAAAUAGAAACAAAUAUUAUUAUGUUUAAUUUCAAAUUUAUAUUACAAAAUGAUACUUUAUGACACACAUUUUAGGUUUCUGGUAACUGGAAGGACUGGAAAUCAAAUUCCCUGUUUUAAAAUCUAAUGCAUUCAGGGUAAUAUGUUCAAAAGCAUACACCAAAACACCAAAAACAAUGGAAUUGUUAACCAAUGACAUGACAUUAUUUCAAAAUUUUGGUUCGAACAAUGAAAUUACCCACAGUCCUUUAGUUUAUAAAACGGAAAGUUGAUGAAGUCAUUGUAUCACUUAAUAGUGCUACUUUUUAUAUAGUGCUAGGUUGUAAUAAACAAUGUUUUUUUUCUCGAGAAAACAUUAGUGAUAAUAUGUUCAGAUUUUACUUUGCAGAUGUUACUUAUCAGUGUGAAAAAGACAUUUCGAUUGCUAAACAAUCUGUCUUUAGGUGGUAUCAAACACCUUGACUAAAAUUAAUUUGGCUCGUUUAAUUUUCAUAAAAUUUUGACAAAAUAUUUAAUUUUACCCUUUGACAAAAACAUAAAAAUUUCAAAAAACUUGAACCACACACUUUAUCGGAAAAAUUUCAUUGGAUUUAUAGCAGUUUGACAAACACUAAUUUUGAUCAUUGAGAAGCUUAAUAUUUCCUUAACAAUAGAACGUGAUUAAAGCGUUCAGCUGAAUUUUACAGAGUGAUCUCCCUGUAGUGUUAUGUACCACCUUAAUGGUUAAAUGCUUUUUCAUAUAUCUACAAUUAUAGUAUUACUAAGAAAGAAUAUGUAUUUCACAUAGUUUUUUUAACAAAGAGAACUAUUCGAAAAAAUAAUUUUUAAAUUUGAUUAAAAUUGAGCACAUAGACUACACGACAAAAUGUCAAAAAUCAAAACAGACAAUAUUGUCUACUCUUAGUCAUGUAGAUACUUGAAGUAUCAUAAUACUAUUAAAACAUAUUUUGACUGCUUAUGCUUGAAAGAAUUACUCACUUUAACUUCUAGAUUUAUAAUGUUCUAUUCAAAAUUUUAAAAAUGAUAAAAAAAUAUCUGAAAUAUGUUACAGCUGUUUUCACAUUUUUUAUAUACCAAAAGGAUAUAUAUUAUGAUAUGGUAAAACAUUUAUUUAAGGCCAACAAAAUAUUUCGUCUGUUUAUAGUAAAUAAUUAAACUUUUAAAAAAUAUUUUAUUUGCACUCUGAGAUAAUUUUAUCUUUAGCUGUAAAUGAUCAAAAAUCCCAAUAAAUUGGUUCAGGGAAAGGUAUUCAUAUAAUUGUAGUAAGAGAAACCAACAACAGACAAAUACUUUAACUUGGCCUAAUUCUUACACACUACAGUACCCAAAUUUCCUCUUUGCAUUUUAUACAUUGUUACAAUGUUUAUGAUAAUUAUGAUAUGUAUAAUUUUCUGCACUUUUGUACAUAUUAAAACAUUUAUGUUGUCAAAGUGUCCACUAAAUCUGUUGUUAAGUUACACGUAAUAUUUGGAUAUACCUAUUUUUUCAUGUUAGUGUCAAUUUUAUUUGAAGAGCAAAAUGCUUUAGAUACGUAGGAAGAUGUUACAUUCAUUUUGAAAUUUUUGAUGUUGUCACGUGAUAAUUAAUUGAUUGUUCACUUUUGAUAAUGAUUUACUGUUUUAGUGUUAAAAGUCUGAUUUUUUUAUUUAUUGAUAAUGAAUGGUUAGUAACUCUCAGGAUUUUAAGAGGUACAUAAACUUUUCUCUUUAUUUUGAACAAUGGUUUCAUGUUAUAAAAUGGAAUACAUCUCUGUGAUUUUAUUCAGAUUCAAUUUCUUCAUGUUGUUGGAUAACUAUAUUUUUUUUUAAAACUUGAUAAAUUUUACAAUCAAAUUCUGCAUAACAAUCACAUAAUCUGAACAAAAGUUUGAUAAUGAUAGUUAUUGACAGAUGUAAGAUGCACUGCAUUUUCUUCAACUGAUUUGUUUCCGAACUCGUUUGCCGUUAUUUUCUGGCGAGGCAUAAAAUGUGAUAUCCCGGUGAAUCAGUGUUAAUGCUAAUGUUUUUGUGUCGUUGUUUUGCUGUCUCACAUAAAUCCAGCAUCUUUUAUUCAUGUGUAUUCAUUAUUUGAAAAUUUCAUGUUUUGUCUAGUUUUUAUUCGUAUUUACUAUCUAUCUCUCUUUUUAAUAAUAUGAUCAAUGAUAAAGACGCUAAACAGUUCAGUUAUUAUUGUUUAUAAAAAGAUAAGUCCCCAAAAACAUAAAAUGAAACGCCAUAGUGAAAAACAUUCAGGAGGUUUAUCAUCAAAUGAAAUUAAUACUUUGAAAUUUCGUGCGUCCAUAAAAAAAGUUAAUUAGUAUCUUACUUGGAAAAUCAUUUUAGGCAAAACUGAGUGAACAUUUCUAUAACUAUGCUGAAACAAAAAUGAUGAAAGUAAAAUAAAAUCAACUUAGUGUGAUAUUAAAUACACAUUCGUUUUGCAGGAUAUUUUCAUCCUCUAAGGAAUAUAUUCAUGUGAUUUCUUCAAAUCUAUAUAAAUUUGAAGAAGCUAAUAUCCUAGUCUUUUACAAGUCUGGUUUUGAGCAUUCGAAGAUGUUAAGAACUAAUUUUUUAUGUAUAUAAGCAACGACAAUUAAUCUUUCUCUCAUAGUGAAGAGCUCUUCAUUCUAGGGCAGAUAAUGUCAUUGAGUUACAAAUGCCAUCGAGGAAUAGAUAGAUGUUAAUAUGGUGUAUUUAUUAUUUAACUAUACUAGUCAUAUUUUUUUGCAUUUUGCUUGCCAAAUUAACAUGUAUUGUUGAAGUGCUAUGUUUGUUCUUGUUAAAUUAUUUCUUUAUUUUCAUUAAAAAGGGUUCAUAAAGACGUUGUUAAAUUGUUUUGUAAAUAAACCUUGCUUUCAAAUACCACUUUGUCCAUUUUCACUUAUCCCGAAAUCAGCAUUUUCUACGCAUGAUCGUAAACCUGCUGCUAGAAUGGUUGAUGACGUCAGUUCUUCGGUUUGUGUAGACCCAGAAACAUCGAAUUUUCAUUUGGAAGUUAAUUGAAUCUGAAAAUAUUAUAGUAGGAUGUUUUUAAGGAAACAUUUUUGAAAGUUGAAAAGAAAAUAUGACAUAAUUUGGUGACAGAAAAAACUUUCAUCGAAAAAAUAAUAUAGAUAUAACUUUUGAAAGCUUGAAGGUUUAUCGUUCCGUUUUCUGAAUAGAAAUAAAACUUUGUGAACCCUUUUAAUCUUUAUCUGUGAUAUUCCAUGAUAAUAGAUACAUCAUUUGGAAUGUUUCUUCUUUUUUCUUUGAGGUCGAAUUCCGAAAACUGUAAAUAUUGGUUAAAUAUGUUGUGUUUACAUUAGAUGUAUUCUGAAUUAGCACUUUUAUAUAGUUGAUGUAACCUAUCCAGUCACGUGUUUGAGCAAAGCUUGAACAUUUUGUUUUGUUUUGUCUUAAAAUAUGUUUAUUAAAAAAUGCAAAAAUC